AAAGAAAUCAACAUGCUGGAGCAGGGCAGUGGAAGUAAAGAAAUACGGACAGAUGAUUAAUGUAAACAUAUAGAGCUAAAAUGGAUGUCGAAGACCUUGGUGCUAAUGUGUCUGAAUCUUUAGAGACACUUUGUAAAGAGAAUGGAAAGUGUGGAGCAGAACUUCAAGGCUUUCUUCCAAAACAGAUGUGGACUCCAGCUGACAGGCAGAAUUUUUUGACAUGUAUCAGCAAACUAUUUGUUUUACCUGACUGUACAGCUGACAUUGCACGUGCCUUCAGAGGACUGAUGUUAGAAGUCCUUGAGAGAGCUAAAACUGAUGUUACACAAGGUGGACAUCUAUCAUUUGUCAAGCACCAAAAGCUGUGUAUAGCAUUGAGUAAAGUAAUAAACAUCUGCCCAGAUGCUUUAAGGUUUUCUGUGGAGUAUAUGAGUUCCAGGCCGACAUUUUUCAUUGUGCCUGAAGAGGAACAACCAGUAAAGAAGAAACCCAGGAAGAAACAAAAGCCUGCUUCCUUGUUGACUGUAUGCCAAGCUGUCCACUGUUUGUUGAAGAGUGCAUGCAGAGAGUUCAGACAAGUGUAUGACUGGAGCCCAUUCUUGAGGUUUCUGAAAACUGAAGAUUUGGAAACUAGAUGGUUUGCUGUCAAAGCCAUUGCCUUAUUAACUGGAAUGUCAGAUGUACAGAAAAAAAUCUUCAUGAGAAAAUAUAUAGAUGAAGAAACUGAAAGAAAACUAGUUAUCAAACACGGAAUGGAAGUAGAAUCUUUGCAGCAAGACGAGAGAGCAUUAUUGCUUGUCAAUCCAAAGCAGCCCAGAUCAGAAGAAAUAGAGAAGCUGAGCUAUACCAAGAGAAGUUUGGUGGAUUCUGAUCUUAGUCCAGCUGUGGUAUCAGUGUGUGGAGUACUUUUGCCAAAGUUACUUUAUGGCAUUUCCAAACCUGUGGAAGAAUCUCUGGUGCCAGUACCAUCCACUCGCAGAAACCUCCGUAGCCUCUCUCUUGCUGUGGCCUCUGGCCAGCCUGUUUUGUUGCAAGGACCUGUAGGGUGUGGGAAAACUGCAUUGGUUGAACACCUAGCUAGACUGACAGGGCGGAAUGGAACGCCAGACCUCAUCAAAAUUCAGUUGGGAGAUCAGACUGACAGUAAGGCUUUGCUUGGAACAUAUUGUUGCACAGACAUUCCUGGAGAGUUUGUGUGGCAGCCAGGUCCCCUCACUCAAGCCAUGACACAAGGAAACUGGAUUUUACUAGAGGACAUAGAUUAUGCUCCUAUGGAUGUGGUCUCAGUUUUGGUGCCUAUCCUGGAGUCGGGUACCCUGGCGCUGCCCAGUCAUGGUGGAGUCCUCAAGGCUGCUCCUGGGUUUCAACUUUUUGCAACUCAAAGGCUACUUAGUAGUGCUACAGGACUGUUUAGACAACAAAGGUCAAACUCUUCCAUGUUGGAGAGAAUGUGGGCAAAGCUAAAUGUAGAACCCCUGUCAAGAACUGAACUACAGCAGGUGAUAAUUACCACUCACCCACAGCUGUCCACUGUAGUGGACCGUCUGCUGGACAUCUACUUCAUGUUGUCUGCUGGAAAGCAUGAGCUAUCGUCUGAUUCCACUGCAGAAGAAUAUGGUUUGGACUCCAUAGGAAAGUUCCUGUCACAUGAUGGCAGGCUGAUUUCAACAAGAGAUCUUAUUAAGUGGUGCCAUAGAAUUUCAAAGGACUUUGAUGUAACUCAGAGUGUGACAGCUAAUGUGGUCCUGCAGGAAGCAUUGGACUGUUUCUGUGCUUGCCUAUCCAAACCUGACAAGAGACUACCGCUGGCAGAGGCCAUAGGUGCCAGACUCAAUGUUACCAAAGCUAAGGCCGAAUAUUACUGCUGCAAAUACAAACCAGAUGUUGAGGUCUCUCAGUGCUCCCUCAAGUCUGGAAGGGCUAACAUACCAAUAAAGGUGGCUGAAACUUUGGCUCUGAACAGGCCAUCAGCUGUGAAUUUUGCAUUCACCAGAGAUGCUGCUAUUCUGUUGGAGAGGGUAGCAGUGUGUGUGGCCAACAUGGAGCCUGUACUGCUGGUAGGGGAAACGGGAGUUGGCAAGACAUCAGCUGUGCAAUAUCUUGCCCAGCAAACAGGUCAUCAUUUAAAUGUGAUCAACAUGAAUCAACAAAGUGACAGUGCUGAUCUGCUGGGAGGAUUUAAGCCUGUAGAUUUACGCCUUGUGGUUGCCCCAUUCAGAGAAGAUUUUGAAGCAGUGUUUUGUCAAAGUUUCUCAAGGAAACAGAAUAUCAAGUUUUUAGGUCACAUACAGGAAUGUUUUGCAAAAAAGAGGUGGUCUGAUCUUUUAAAAUUGAUCAGUCACACUCAGCAACAAGGAGUUAAGAAAUAUGAAGAAGGUGCUGAGAUGCAUGCUAAAUGGGUGGAUAUUGGUAAAAGAUUGCAGCAGCUGAAGAUUCAAAUUAGCCAGACAGAAAAUUCUCUAGCAUUCACAUUUCUUGAGGGAACACUAGUGAAAGCAUUGAAGGCAGGAGACUGGGUGUUGCUGGACGAGAUAAACCUGGCUACCACGGAGACACUGGAGUGUUUGAGUGGGUUACUGGAGAGCACUGCUGGCUCUGUGGUCCUUAUGGAAAGAGGGGACACGAAACCAAUAGUACGCCACCCUGAGUUCCGCCUGUUUGCUUGCAUGAAUCCUGCAACUGAUGUAGGCAAGAAAGAUUUACCCCUAGGAAUUAGAAAUAGAUUUACUGAGAUAUUUGUGGAUGAGCUAGAAAGUGUCCCAGACCUGAAAAUCCUAGUCAAUGAGUAUCUGAAAGGAUUAUCCCUCACUGCUGCCCAGGUGGAGGGUAUAGUGAAGUUCUAUUUGACCAUUAGGAAUGAGGCAGCCAAGAAACUGACAGAUGGUACUGGACAUCGUCCACACUACAGUCUGCGGACACUAUGUAGGGCAUUGAAGCACUCGGCAUCAAACCCGUGUGGAACUGUUCCCAGAUCUUUGUAUGAGGGAUUUUGCUUGAGUUUCCUGACACAAGUUGACAGAUCCUCACACCCUGUAGUAGAACAGCUCAUCUGCCAGCAUAUCUUAGGGAAGUCUAACAUGAAGAGCAUUUUGAAGAAGCCACUCCCUGAACCCCAGGGUGGUGGUAGCUUGCUCUUUGAAGGGUUCUGGGUCCCCACAGGGGGAAAGGAGCCACACACACCUGAGAACUACAUCCUUACCCCAGGAGUGAGGGCAAAUUUGAAAGAUUUGGCUAGAGUUGUGUCUGGAGGGAGGUACCCAGUGUUGAUCCAAGGAGAGACAUCUGUUGGGAAGACCAGCCUGAUCAACUGGCUGGCCCAGUCCUCGGGGAACCACUGUGUGAGAGUGAACAACCACGAACACACAGAUAUACAGGAGUACGUGGGCUGCUACACUGCAGAUGAGAUGGGGAAACUUGUCUUUAAAGAAGGUGUGCUUGUGGACGCCAUGAGGAAGGGACAUUGGAUUAUCUUGGAUGAGUUGAAUUUAGCACCCAGUGAUGUAUUGGAGGCUUUGAACAGGCUGCUCGAUGACAAUCGAGAACUGUUCAUACCAGAGACCCAGGAAACCAUCAAGGCACACCCCCGCUUCAUGUUGUUUGCUACUCAGAAUCCACCUGGACAAUAUGGUGGAAGGAAGGUCUUGUCAAGAGCAUUCAGGAACAGGUUUGUGGAGCUUCACUUUGAUGAGAUUCCCAGAGAUGAGUUGCAGACCAUCCUUCACCAGCGAUGCCUCAUUCCUCUGUCUUACUGUAAGAAACUUGUGGCGGCCAUGCUGGAUCUUCAGACCAGAAGAAGAAGCACUGGGGUGUUUGCAGGAAAACAAGGCUACAUCACUCUCAGAGAUCUUUUCCGCUGGGCAGAAAGAUAUCACCACACUAACAAGUCAAAUACAGGGAAAUAUUAUGACUGGGAUCAGCAUUUAGCAGACCAUGGAUACCUCCUACUGGCAGGACGGGUGAGAAAGCCAGAAGAGGCUGAUGUCAUACAGGAGGUCAUACAGAAACACCUGAAAAGAUCAGUUGAUCCAGAUAGACUUUUCACAUUAGAUGAUUCCACCUCUCCAACCACCAGAGAACUCCUGUGCCAGUUCACUCGACAACCCCCUGAAGGGUUCAGACAUAUUGUGUGGACUUAUGGUAUGCGGAGGAUGGCUGUGCUGGUAGGGACUGCACUACAGUUUGGGGAGCCUGUUCUUUUGGUGGGAGAAACUGGUUGUGGGAAGACCAGCAUGUGCCAGCUGUAUGCAGAGAUGGCUAAGCAGAAGAUGUUUGCAGUGAACUGCCACAUGCACACUGAAAGUUCAGACUUCCUGGGAGGGUUGAGACCAGUCAGGCAUGCUAACUCACAGGAGGGCUCAAGCGACUCAAAGAAAUUAUUUGAUUGGGUAGAUGGCCCCUUGGUUACGUCCAUGAAAGAGGGAGCCAUGUUUCUUGUGGAUGAAAUCUCCCUGGCAGAUGACUCUGUGUUAGAGAGACUGAACAGUGUGUUGGAACCAGAACGUACCCUCUUACUGGCAGAGAAAGGGACAAGCACUGGCCCUGGAAUGAAGGAGGAGGCAGAUAUUAUUGUUGCACAGGAGAAAUUUCGUCUGUUUGCCACAAUGAACCCUGGAGGAGAUUAUGGGAAGAAAGAACUUUCACCAGCCUUGAGGAACCGUUUCACAGAAAUCUGGUGUCCACAGACUACAGAGCGCCAGGACCUUGUCAGCAUUAUAGAACACAAUCUAAAGUCUGGUAUUCAUCUGUGCAACCAGGAAGAUGGCACCAGUGGAAUAGGAAGAGCCAUCAUGGACUUUGUUGAAUGGUUCAUCAACAAUGAGGCUGGAAAGCGGAGCACAGUGAGCAUCAGGGACAUCCUUUCAUGGGUUCACUUCAUCAACACCUGUGCUAGGACAGUUGAAGCAGAUGGCAUGGAAACUGACAGCAAUUGCAAACUUCUGGACCCCCCUGUGGCCUAUAUCCAUGGUGCCUGCCUGGUAUUUCUUGAUGCUUUGGGAUUCAGCAAUACAAAUGCAGCUAACAUGGCAUCAGCCAGUGCCAGCAGAACCCUAUGUCUGCAGUACCUGUUGCAGCAAGUGGAGCAGAUGACAGGGCAGAAAAUAGAUCCGGCCAAAUUUGGUUUAGUUGAAACCCACAGCAAACACAUAGAUGUGACAAAAGCAGAUUUGUUUGGGAUUGAGCCAUUCUAUAUUCCCAAAGGACCACUGAGGGUAUCUUCCCUGAGUGACUACGCCAUCCAUGCACCAACCACUAGCACAAAUGCACAGAGGUUGCUGAGAGCUCUGCAGCUGACACGGCCUGUCUUGCUAGAGGGUUCACCUGGUGUUGGCAAGACCAGCUUGGUAGCAGCUCUGGCUAGAGCUUCUGGGAAUGAAUUGGUCAGGAUAAAUCUGUCCGAGCAGACGGAUGUUACAGACCUGUUUGGUGCAGAUCUCCCUGUGGAAGGUGGGGAAGGUGGUCAGUUUGCCUGGAGAGAUGGUCCACUCCUCAGAGCCCUCAAAGCUGGGCACUGGGUAGUACUAGAUGAGUUGAACCUUGCGUCUCAGUCUGUCCUUGAAGGCCUGAAUGCCUGCCUAGAUCACAGGGCGGAGGUGUACGUUCCUGAGCUGGGCAUGACCUUCCAUGUUCAGCACAACAAAACUCGCCUGUUUGCCUGCCAGAACCCCCUGAACCAAGGUGGGGGGAGGAAAGGGUUGCCCAAGUCAUUCCUCAACAGGUUUACACAGGUGUAUGUAGACCCUUUAGGUCUGAAAGAUUUGUUGUUCAUCACCAAAUCAAUGUUUGACAUGUUUGAUGAAGACCUACUUGUUAAGAUGAUUAAAUUCAAUUCUCAGGUAGAACAUGUAUGA